CAGAGAGCAGCAGCCAUCGCCGGGCAAGUAAACCAACACCUGUCCGCCACAUUCCCUCAGCUCUUCUCCCUCCCGUUUGUCUGCUGGAGGUGCUAUGAAGAAUAAACACAACCAACAGGUGAAGACGGCGGCUCAGGACGGACUCGACAUGUCGAGCUUCGAGGUGACUCUUCAGCAACUCAAUGAUCUGUUGACGGACGACAGCGGCUUUUACAGCUGGCCGACAAAACACUUCCACGAGGUUUAUCCGAGGAUUUUCGUAGGCAAUGCGUUUGUGGCGACAAAUGUGAUGCGUCUUAAGCGUCUGGGGAUCACUCACAUCCUGAACGCCGCAGAAGGAAACUCCUUCAUGCACGUCAACACCAAUGCUGAGUCUUACGCAGGCACAGGGAUCAUCUACCACGGAGUACCAGCCAGCGACACGGACCACUUCGACAUCAGUGUUUAUUUUGAAGAGGGGGCUGACUUCAUUGAAAAGGCCAUGGCUUACAAAAAUGGAAAAGGUAAAGUAUAUGUUCACUGCAGGGAAGGCUACAGCAGGUCUCCUACCUUAGUCAUAGCCUACCUAAUGCUUCGCCAAAACAUGGACGUUCACACAGCCCUGGCCAUGGUGCGACAGAAGAGAGAGAUCGGACCAAACGAUGGCUUCCUGCGGCAGCUCUGCUGGCUGAACCAGAGGCUGGUUGCUGAGGGAAAGUUCUGGAACAAAUGAGUCCACAAGGAUACAGAUAGAUGUCUGUCAAAGAGAGCAAAGUAUGUGUUUAUUGCACAUCACUUUCUUUCACUUAUCCUACAGCUUUAAAAGCCACAGAUCUGUGAGGGAAUGUUCUCAAAGUGAGGCUAGAAGGAAAUGAGAUUAAAUUUUCUCUUACAAAGGCUGACAGUAUCGAGUGUACUUAAAGAACAAGAUAGUCCACCUCACACACAGACAUUUGACAUGUAUUUACAACAUUUAAUCUGUGCUUACACCAUCGUUGGUUACGUUGGUAAUGUGCUCAUCAUGUAAUGUAAUGUGUAAAUCCAGGUGCACUGAAGUGUGUUACAUACACUCACUUUAUUCCAAAUAAUAGAUUUAUUUGCAUAUUUUUCAUGUUCUGUAUACUUAGAUAUGCUUCCCUGCUGCUCACUAUUUCAGAAGAAAAAAUUUACUUACUGAAGUAUGUCGUUAUGUAUUUAAAGACCUGAUGAAACAAAGAUGGUGGAUCUGAUAUGAUUCCUUCUACUGCCUUCUCAUAUUCAGCCUUUUAUUCACCAUCUCCAUCCCUCCUCUCAUCUGGCAAUGCUGUCUUGGUCUUGGCCUCACUCCUGCAAACACUGCCAAUCUCUCAGUCCCAGCCAGAUAUGUUGUGGACACUGUGAUUUUUCUUAUUGAAUCAGAUUUUCAGGAUAAAAGAGAAUGAUAAGAAGAUAUUUUUACCUAAUAUGAUUGAGAAAACUGCUAGAUCUUUUAUCUUGUAUAUUGCACUCACAUCUAGAAGCCUAAGUCAAAAAGUGGGAUGCUGUCACGGUGCUUUAGACGAACUCUCAAUGCUGUUUUACACAGUGGAGGAGAGUGAAUUAGAAUUAAAGAACGCGCAAAAGAGCUGCUCAUGCAUUAUUCAAACAGCAAAGAGGAGCAGGUAGGCAUUUUGGGGAGAUAUAUUAUUAACUACUUGUAAUCUAAGUUAGGUAAGGAGUCCCUGUUACAUCACUCAAACACUGCCAGAAUGUUGAAAUGUUUGCCACUAAUGCUAUUGGAUAACUUGUAAACCACAACUUUUGCACAGUGAUGUGUUUACAUUUGUGUGUCAGAGUAUUUGGAUUUUUAUAUUUUACAGCUGCAUGCUUUUUAAUGUAUGUGCGAGUCAAACACACAUAUGUAGCCAUGUAUUAUACUGGAUCACAGUGUGCUUUAUUGUAUGUGUAUUGUUGAUCACUAUGUGCAUUACAAGGCCUGUAACUUGUGAAUCAUCAUGUGCAUUACUGAGUAGGAUGUGAUUUAAUUAGUCAUAUCAGUAGGCUUUCAUUGGGUCUCAGAUGAGACUAUUUUUAUGAAGUGCACUUUAUCUAAUGACACUUGUGAUUGUUGUCGCUCUCUUUUCAUACGUUCAGUAAUAAACUGAAAUUAACAUGACA